AUGAACUUGAAUCUCAACGUUUCCAAACUUCUGCCAAAAACUGUCUUCACCUCCAAUUUGAUGCCGUUUGAUGACUGGACACCCAGCCCAGACAUCAUGCUGGGUAAUGCAGUUCAUAACAGUUCAUAUAGUUGUAACAGAAGCUUGGCUGAAACCGAAGCAUCUCUCUUUCCUAAUCUAUCAAGCAGUGGAACUUCCAGUGAACAGACAGAACUCCUGUCGUGGCAAAGGUGCAACGGGGAGAUGAGCAAAAAGGAGUUAGUUCGAAAAAACUGGGCUGCACUUUUGAUCUUGUUUGUGGUCAUUGUUACGGUUACUGGAAACAUUUUAGUAAUCAUGGCAGUCAAUCUGGAACGAAAAUUGCAAAAUGCCACCAAUUACUUCCUCAUGUCACUGGCAGUGGCAGAUAUGCUACUAGGACUUCUGGUCAUGCCUGUCUCCAUGGUGACUAUUGUGUAUGGUUAUUCAUGGCCCCUCCCUGCUGCAAUAUGUCCCUUGUGGAUCUAUCUGGACGUUCUCUUUUCUACCGCCUCCAUCAUGCACCUGUGUGCCAUCUCCCUGGACCGUUAUGUGGCCAUCCGCAACCCUAUCCGACACAAUCGGUCAAACUCACGCUCCCGAGCCCGGGCCAAGAUCACUGCGGUCUGGACCAUCUCUGCGGGCAUCUCUAUGCCAAUCCCAGUGCUGGGUCUGCGAGACCACUCCAAAGUUUUCAAAGAUGGCAGCUGCCUAUUGACUGACAACUCCUUUGUGCUGAUUGGAUCUUUUGUGGCCUUCUUUGUGCCAUUGACCAUCAUGGUGGUGACCUACUUCCUGACUAUCAGUGCUCUGCAGAGCGAGGCUACGGUAUGCCUGGAUCAGCUGGUGCCCCGUCCCAAAUGGAGCACUGGAUUCGGCCUAAACUUCCUUCCUGGCCCUGCGUUCUCUCCGUCAGAAAAAAAACUAAUUUUCCGUCGCUCGAUAAGUCGCGAGGUGGAGUCCGGGAUGGGCACUCCUCCUUUUGGACGUCACACUGUGCAAUCGAUCAGCAAUGAGCAGAAGGCCUCCAAAGUUCUGGGUGUGGUCUUCUUCCUGUUUGUGGUCAUGUGGUGUCCGUUUUUCAUCACCAAUGUAUUGGCAGUGGUCUGCGAGCCGAAAGUGUGCGACACUGAUGUCAUGAAUGGCCUGUUGAAUGUGUUUGUGUGGGUGGGCUACCUUUCCUCCGCUGUCAACCCUUUGGUCUACACGCUAUUCAAUAAGACUUACCGCUCAGCCUUUGCCAGAUAUAUCCAAUGCCAGUUUCAUGGGGAGAGGAAAUCGCUGCAGCUAAUUCUGGUUAAUACCAUUCCACCAAUGGCCUAUCAGUCCACACACCUGCCGCUCACCGGAUCAAUAGGAAACGGAGAUUUCUCGCUUCCUCUGUCCAAUAAAAAACACCAUCUGUCCAAAACCAGCAAAAAUGAGUGUGUUAGUUGCUUGUAAAUUCACUUGAGAAAAUGGGAACAUUAACCCCAGAUUGGAAUCAAAAAUGACUUUUUUCUGGAAUUUUGUUUGGCAUUCCUUCCCAAUAUCUUCUACACACAGUCCAGAUUGACAUGGCCUAUGUGAUAUCAAUAUUUAAACCCCAACUACAUUGACAAACAAACAACAGUACAGUCCCUGAUUUUAUCUCAGGAUAGGAGACAUCAAGACUCUGAGUGACCUGAGCCACUCCUGACCUCAUCAUAAGCUCGACUGAAAAGGUCAGCAUUGGUCACCAGCAUACGUUGGGGUUUGGAUGAUGAUGCCCAAGAUGGGAUGUUGGCAUGAUGGUGUAUCCAAGCUACUUAAUUAAAAGAUCAUACUGACCAACCAGCACCAGUUCAUGAUAGUCUAAACUGGUCUUUUCAGAUGGGUGAACCUAGAUGCAAGUUGAAUCAAUGGAAUAAAACCCAUUGGGUUAUACAAAUUGUAUAUACAUGUUGAGUAAGAGUUGUGGUUUGAUGUCCAAACGUUUAGUUUUGUAUGUAGCACUUUAUAUUUCAAAAGGUAGAAUCUAGAUUUAUUGUA